AUGAGUACAAUUUCUUUUUCUUGUAACAUUGCAAUCUUUAAAAUAGUAAAUUGUUACGACAUCUUGCCGAAAUCAGAUCAUUCUUUACCAACAACUUCAUUUCCUACAUCAUCACCUUCAAAAAUGUCUUCAAAAAAUCAUCUUGAUGUUGAUCAAUUAUUAGAAGAUUAUGCAUGGCAAUUUUUUAGAGAUAUGCAAAGUAUUAAAAAAACAAAACAGGAACAAUAUAGAGAUUUAGAAAAGGGUGAUGUUGAAUUUUGUAUUAAUAAAAAAAAACUUCUAAUUAUUCAUGAGGAACCAAUAUAUUCAGGUAUUUCAUUGGAUAGCACUAAACCGUAUACACUUUUUACAUCAACAUUUACCAAUUCAACAGAUCGUCCACAAAGUUAUUCAUUCAAAACAGAAAGAUCUACUGAAAGUGUUGUUGUAAUUGGAAGAGAGCAGGGAUAUUCAUUGGGUGCUGAAGCUGAAUUGACAUUAAAAACACCAUGUGAGAUAGCAGAAUUUAAAGCUGGAUUUAAACAUGAAAUUCAUUUUAAUGAUAUAACUGAAAAUUCAAAAGCAGAAAUGCUUACAUGGGCUGUAGAUAGUAAUAUAACUGUUCCACCAAAUUACGCAACAGAAGCUAGUGUUAAAAUUGAUGAAAUGAGUUACUCAGGUAAAUAUACUGUUAGAACUAUUCUUUCUGGUUUUGUAAAUGUUACAUUAAGAAGAAGACGUGAUGGUGCACUAAUUUUACCAGUAAAUAUAAGAAUUGUAGAAUUAUUUAAAGAAAAUAUCAAUAAUCCUAAUGUUAAAAGUGUUGCAUCAAUUAUAGAUAAUCACAGUGUUCAAUUAACAUCAAAAGGAUAUUGUCAUUUCCAGUUUGCUGUUAAACAGGCAAUUGAAUUGAAAGACAAAGCAUUGAAUACAAAAUACUAA